AAACCGAGAACAAGAGAGGGUCCCCAAAGUCACAGCUGUCAGCACUGUGACAAGUCCUUUGCAACGUCUGGAUAUCUAUUGAUUCACCAGAGAGUUCACAGCGGAGAGAAACCCUACAGCUGUGACAAAUGUGGGAAAGCUUUCAAACAGAAGUGUCACCUCAACAGACAUAAAAUAUCCCACACUGGAGAGAAACCACACAUCUGUGGCCAAUGUGGGAAAGCUUUUUCAUUAGCAGAUGAUUUAAAAGUCCAUUAUGGCAUUCAUACUGGAGAGAAACCAUAUAGCUGCGACCAAUGUGGGACGACUUUCUCCAAAAAAUCUCAUUUGAAAACUCACAAUUACAUUCACACUGGAGAGAAACCAUUUAGCUGUGACCAAUGUGAGAAAUCUUUCGCCACCCUCAGUGACCUGAAGAAACACAGACGUAUUCAUUCUGGAGAGAAACCACACAGCUGCAAACAAUGUGGAAAAGCUUUCCCGAGGCUAUGUGCACUAAAACGUCACCAGCGUACUCACACUGGAGAGAAACCGUACUGGUGUGACCUUUGUGGGAAGACCUUUGCUCGGGCCUACAUCCUACAGGUCCACCGACGCCUUCACACCGGAGAGAAACCCUACUGGUGUGAGCAGUGUGAGAAAACCUUUAUUACGAGUGGUGCGCUGAGUGCCCACCAACGCAUUCACAAAAAGUCCAUCUAAAUAGCUUGUUGUUAUGUUAAUGUGCUGCUAAUAAAGGUAUUAUUAUUAUUACACUGUUUUCCAUCAAUAUAUUAUAGAUACAUAUAUACAGAACAUGUCUCUGGAGUGUUUGUCUGAAAUACCAAACGGAUCAUUGCAGCAUCCCAUAAUCCCCUCUGUUUCAAAAGUGCUGAUUCUCUGUCCGUUACUAUAGAUGAAAAAUAAGGAGCCCCUCCCCAAGCCCCGAGGAUUAUGCACAAUAGGUCCCAUUUAAGUCAUGUGGUGGUUACUACUGAGAACAUCAAAGUGCUAACUUUGAAAGCAAAGAGAUUAAUUUAAAGAUGGUGCCCGCUGAAGGGAAGACAUGUCAGCUUUUGUCUUCAUCAAUUAACAGAAUAAACGUAAAAAGGGAGAACACCAAGGGGAGAAAUGGAGUCCUUGUCAAAACUCAAAUCAAAGUUUGACAUAUUUUGUAUUUACUUUGAGACGUGUCAUGUCAGUGAGGAAAUAAACAUGAAUAAAAUGAGUAAAAGAAGCAACUUGUUUUCAGUCUGAAGAAACAUCUGUUCUUGUGAAACUGAUUUAAUCAGAAAGGUUGUUUAUUAUUUGACAGCUUUGUAACAUCUGUUCUUUUCACAUUAAAUGUGAUUGUUGCUGCUUUAAUAAUCUGAGUGAUAUCAUUACUCUUAAUAAUGAACUCUAUUGUAACACACAUGUUUUUAUAUAUUCAUGUCGUGCACACAUUACUUUAUCUUCUCCAUUACAUAUUUUACCUUACUAUAUAUUAUUUUGUAUUAAACAUCUUAGCUGAAUACUCAAUUCUGAUUGGUCAAAUUGGACGUUUAAGAGGUUGUUAAUACUCGAUAACACACCGCUGCCAAGAAAUCUAUAUUUUAGAUUGAGAUUAAAUCCUUAAGAGUUAAUAAACUUGUGCAUUUGAUAAUCCACGCUGAACAGCAAUGGGUCGUCCUCUCCGUUUAGGCUUCUCCUGGGAAAAUUGUUUAAAAUGUACUCUGUAUUUAAAUGCUUAGAAAUCUCUUAAAACAUUUAUUUUAUUCCCUGACGAAGAGGUCUGUUAGGGAGUUCAUUUAAACCCAGUAACUCUGUUUGUUUUAUAUGAUUAUAGAAGUUUAAAAUGUAAAAAUGGCAUAUAA